UAGAAUAGUCUCGCGUCGUCCCUCGAGCUUGCAGCAUCGGGCGUUUGCGACGCCCCUGGAUACGGUCGGCUUGCGUGAAACGUGAAACCCGCGAAUUUCACGACCAUUUAAUUUUCGCCCACCCCCACUUUUCGAAGCUGACCACUGGCGAUCGGUCUCGUUUUUUUUUUUCCCCUACGUCUCAGCUCGGAAUCUCCAAAGUUUCGUGAAAGUGCGUUUAUCUCAGAUUUUGGUUUUUCUUCUUUUUUCAAAAGUGUAUUCAAAGGGUUUUUUUCUCGUCCACCGUGAAAUUUUUCACUCAAAUAUCGUUCGACUAAACGAUAACGUAUCGGAACAUUAAAAUUGAAAAAAUCAAAAUAAUAGUAAUAAAAACAUUUUCUUUAAUUUCUCACAGCGUUUGAGUGGCUUCGAAUUUUGACUGACUUCUUCCGACCGAAAAACACAGUGCGCCGCUGUUUCUUUUCCCUUCUUUUUCAUUUUUAUUUUCAUUCUGUUUUUCUUUCGUAACUCAAUUUUUUCUUCUCUUCCUUCUCCUCCUUUUUCUUUUUCUUCUCCUUUUGCCUCUUACAUUUUCUUCUUGUGGUGAUGUGAUCUCAGCGAUGAGUUUCAAGCCCGUUUGAAAGCUCACAGAGGAUACCGCGGACAAAGUGAGUCAUCCUCCACGAACAUAAAUACGAUUCUGCACGAGGGAAAGAGCAGCGCGGAUAUAAGGUGGAGAAUCCGGAGUCAAGAUGGUCCGCGAGAGUUUUAAAACGUGGACGGGAUCGUCGAGAUCUUCGUGGCACUUGAUACUGGCCGUUGUAUUUGGAAUAACGACGAUUUUAGCCAACGUAGACGCUCAGUGCGGCUCGAGUGCCUCGCAACAGGACAAGCUAGCCCUAUACAAAGUCACGUUGAGAACGCAUUGGUCGAGGGCGAGAUUCCCACGUCACUAUCCCGAGUGGCGACCACCCGCACAAUUCGGCAAACUGAUCGGUCGCACGCACGAUUCUUCGUACACUUUGUACCGGCUGGGAGAGAGGCUCUCGCAGGGCGCCCGCCAGUACGUGGAAACGGGUAGGGCGGACGGUCUGGACGCCGGUGGAGAAUCCCCGAACACGUUGCACUCGUUCGUAGGACCACCGGUACCCCAGGGCGAAGGUACGAGCAUCGGACGUGCCUUUCUCGACGGUAACCACACCAGAAUCAGCGUGAUGGCACGGAUUAAUCCGAGUCCGGAUUGGUUCGUCGGCGUCGAUGCCUUCCAGCUUUGCGUCGAGGGAAAUUGGGUGGACACGGUUACAGUGGAGCUGGAUCCACUUGACGGCGGUACCGACAACGGCUUCACUUUUACAGCAGCGAAUUGGCCGACUCAACCGCAAGGCGUCGCCUAUAGAAUUACAUCCAGAUAUCCCGCACAUCCCGCGGGUAGUUUUUACUACCCCAACUUACCUCGGUUACCACCGCUCGCUACGCUCACCUUUACAAAGCUCAGGGAGUACACACUUACCGAAAAAUAUCACGAGGAUGAUGUGGAGAUGGAAUUUAUUAGCAACGACAACCUGAACGCGCAAUCGUCCGCGUCUCGGGUCGUCGACCCAAAUCGUGACCUCAACGAAGCCAUUGCCGAAGAACGUAGGGAAAUGGACCCCCAGAGAUACAAAUACUGGACAACGGACAACAACCAGGUGAUCACCGAACAACCGCGAGAUAGUAAUAAGGAAGCGAUUUUACACAGUAUAGCGUCGACUUACGUUCAACGCGGUAGACCGCUGACCCCUACUCCGAUGACGUGGUCGCCAAGAGACUCCCUUUCGAAGACCUCAAAGGCGCCAGACUGGCCCUAUUAUCACACGGUGUAUCAACAGCAGCAAAAUACGAACGUUCAGAGGAUCAAAGCCCCGAAUAAUAACAAUAUUAUAAACAGUAAUAAUAAUAGCCAGCGAAAAAUCACCUCCGACGAUCGCAAGAGAAAUACGACUCUGCAGCUCAGACCGUGGGGGAAUUUUACCGCACCCGAUCGCCUGCACCGACUGAGAGUCAAGCACCACAAACUACCGUCCAAGGGAAAACAUCCUCGAACCCGCGUACCCAGAGACUGCAAGGUUGGGGAAUGGGGUCCUUGGAGCGCUUGCAGCAGAAGUUGUGGGGUUGGCGAAACUCAGAGGACGAGAAAGGUCACGGUGAGACCUCGCAGAGGUGGAACACCCUGCCCACCAUUGGAGCAGAUUAAAUGGUGCGGAAGCGCGAGUCCUUGUUCAUCCGAAAACGGAAAGCCCACGGUCGUCGACAUACAUCACUGGUAGAAAAUCUGCACCGGUGAAUAUACCUCGCCGCAAUAACAUUGCAGGAAUAUUAAAAACGAGAGAAGAAGUGAAGAGAAGAAGAAAAAAAAAAGAAGAAAAUAAAAAAAAAAUAACGAUAAACCAAAGAUGAAUAGCGAAUUUACGAUAUAUACUAAAUAUCUUUUACACAAAUCGUCCUCGUUACACACAUGGCAUGUAUGUACAAUAUUAAUAUAUACAUAUAUAUGUAAAUAUACAUACAUAUAUAGUACCCCACGUCAUAUCUCUUUUUUCAAACUUUCUCCAAAUAGAAAUGCGAAAUUAAAUUUUUCUCCAAGCAUGGUAUAAAUAUCUAACUAUACAAUAUCUUCACCCGAAGUUAUUUCAAUACCUAUAUAUGAACAUGAAAAAAAAAAACUCGAGCAUUACUACCCUAAAUUAUUUAAAAACAAUUCUAAAUAUCACUUCGCGAAUUAUACCAAUCGCAUAAGAACAAUGAAAAAGGAACCCGAACGAAAAAUUGAGGAAAAAAAAUCAAACACGCUUCAGAGAAUCUUCUUAUUUUUUACGAGCGAAUGUAACCAAAGUGUAGUGAUGAAUAAAAUAAAAUAGGGAUAUUUUAUAAACGCGCCGAAUGUUUCAACCGUAGCUGUAUUAUAACAUAAUCGUACGUACAUCAUGUCCAGCUUAAAAAUUCAAAGAUCAAAUUAUUUUACCCGACUCAACGAGACAAUCCGUGACACUUUUAACAGACGACUACCGAUCAGAAACAAUCAUUAUUCAAUCCGACUAAACCACCUGUUCAACUGGCUCAUACCUGUGUAACUUAUUACUAUCCAAUCUACUAUCUUCCAAUUUCAACGAACGAAUAUACUUAUGUAUGUAUUAAUCGUAAGACGAGAAGCAAGAAAAACUUAUUACGUAAAAAUAAUAAUAUAUAAUAUUUGCACAGUA